GUUACAGGCGACCAGCAGGAGCAGGUGGAGCUUCCACCACAACAUGAUCCAGCUCCAUUCACCCGGAAUCCGGUUGCGACGCAACAAGGGCAAGACGAGCCAUCAUCUACGGAAAUACACAGAUUGCCGCCAAAAACGACCCUCGCACACCCUCGCCUGCUUCAGCGAUUACGGCAAUUCACUAGGUUUAAGUCACACGACGGUGAGCACGUAGACAAGCAGGGUUCUUUUCACUCUCAGAUGAACAUGAGCGAUGGUUUUUUCUUAAGCGGAGGACCCCGAAGAAAACAACAUUUUCGCCAACAACAUGGUACAUCUAGGAACUGCUACACUGAAAAAUCUGAGCUCCUCCUGCACGAGUUCGGAGGCACCACAAGAAGAACAACGGGCGCACCAAUGGGACAUCAACUCCGCGAUUAUCAGAAGUUCGGUCGUGUGCAUCAGACCGAGGUCGCAGCGCGUCCCCUGCCAGCGGCUGUCCCACAGCAAGGAAACAAGUUUCUUCGAGUUCGAAAGCUAAGGAUCGAUGAUAUGCGUGCCACGGUGAACAUUCGGACUCCCGAUGCUCACGAUGUGGGCGACUCAGCGGAUUACCGUAAAUUAGCGUUAAGGCUUAUCUUCGUAAUGGAAAUCCACCAUCUUUAUAUAUUUAUAGAAUAUUUAUAUUUUUGGGACACUGUUUUCGCUUGUUUCACUUUCAGGGGCUCCCCGUAAUAAACUAGAACAACGCAGCACUUACAAUCUAUCCACUUUCGUCUUUCUCUCCUUAAGAAGCGUCUUCUUUGCCGUGUUUCUUUUCACGGAGAUGAAAAGGGUCGUCUUCAACAAAGAUGUUGAGACUCUCUAGCUGCGUCGAGAACUAUCAAGAGUAAGUAUAAAUAUUAAGGUCUAAUAGUGUUUUUGUCGUACCUGCCCAUCGACAUGCCGAAUCUGACUCUGCGCGUCGGCACCCAGGAAUUGCGUAAUAAGGUAGGCAGCUCGGGGGAGAUAGUCUCUCAACUGAAGCGUGCGUAUCUGAAAAGCAUCGUGUGGGAAACCGGAAUUGCGUUCGCGAGUUCCUACUUGUUAACAGCGUAUAAGGGGGUCUACAACGGCUUGCACUGGCUCUUAAGGCUCGAUGCAAUUCAUCUCUACAAGGCAUUUGCUCCUAUUUGUCUUUCCUUCUUAGGAUUAGGAGAAGUGCAGGCAAGUAAUGAACUGCUUUAGUGAGCUCUAAGGUUAGUUCGGGGACCUUAUGACCAUUUGA